AUGCCAGAAGUUCAAGGCAUCACGUUCAUUCCUCGUAAGGCUGAUAUAUUGGCGUCUAGAGACCUCGCCGCACUCCCCAAUCCAACCCGAACAUCUCCAGCCCACCACCACAACCAUGUCCCUCGUCCUCCUCGCCCACGCCUGCUCCCACCUCCAAAACGCCUCCAAGGCGCGCCUCGGCCUGACCUCCCUGCCCUCCACGACCCAACUGCACACCCUGCUCCUCCAGCUGCAGAAGUGCGGCUACGUCAACACGGUCGUGGUCGGCGGGCCCACGCCGCCGCCGCCGAGCGCGUUGGCGCCGACCAUGAGUGCGAACCCGGAGGCGAGGAGGGAGAUCGGCGGGGGGGGCACGUUGCGUUUUGGGGGAGGGGUGACGUGGGGAGGGAGGGAGGAGGAGGGGAGGGGGAAGGGGAAGGGGAAGGGGAAGGGGGAGGGGAAGAGGGGUCCGGGAGCGGCGAUGUGUGGGAGCCGGUUACGCAGGAGAAUGUCUCGUCGCGGCGGUUGUGGGUGGGGUUGAAAUAUUACAACAGCCGGCCCGUGCUGGAGAAGAUGCGGUUGGUGUCGAAACCUACGCGGCGGGUGUGGAUGCCUAUUGGGGAUAUAGAGGCGUUGGUGAAGGGGGAGAGGAGGGGGUAUGUGAAUGGUUUGAGGGGCAUCGGGGAGAGCAUGUUUGUGACGACGGAUCGGGGGAUUAUGGAGGCGAGGGAGUGUGUGGAGAGGAGGAUUGGGGGGAUGUUGCUGUGUCGGGUUAAUCCUGUGUCCUGGUGA